UUGUGUUCCCGCGAGCUUGAUGCAUUUUCUGUAUCUUCUGAUGUCAUCUCUUCUCCCCUUAUUUCCUUUCCUUCAUUCUUCCGCAUCUUUACCUCACUCCAUUCCCUUCUUCAUUAUCAACCAAAACCCAAACACAGAACUAAUAAUAGGAGAAAGAAAAGAUGACAUUGUACAUGCCAUUGUUCAGGUCAUGUUUUACCUUAAGAUCACUCACCCAACUCCAUGCCCACCUCGUCGUCACUGGUCUCCACACCGACCCACUUGCCUCCACCAAGCUUCUCGAGUCCUACGCCCAAAUGGGGUCUCUCCCUUCAUCAAGAGUCGUUUUUGAAACCCACCCAUCUCCCGAUUCCUUCAUGUUCGGUGUCCUCAUUAAGUGUUACUUAUGGCACCAAUUGUUUCACCAAGUAGUUUCCCUUUACCACAAUAACAUUCAAAAGGGUUCCCACCUAAUCCAGGACUGCACUUUCCUUUACCCUUCUGUUCUCAAAGCUGUUUCUGGUGUUGGGGACUUGGUUAUGGGCAGGAAAGUGCAUGGCAAGAUACUUAGGUCCGGUUUUGGCGCUGAUCAUGUCAUUGGAACUUCGUUGUUGAGCAUGUAUGGGGAAUUGGAUUGUUUGAAUGAUGCCCGGAAGGUGUUUGAUGAAAUGCAUGUUAGAGAUUUAGUUUCGUGGAGUUCGGUUAUUGCGUGUUAUGUGGAGAAUGGGCGACCGCAAGAAGGGUUGGUAAUGUUGCGUGGGAUGGUUUACGAGGGAAUCGAACUGGACUCUGUUACAAUGCUCAGCGUGGCUGAGGCUUGUGGCAAGGUUGGUUGUCUUAAGCUGGCAAAAUCGGUGCAUGGGUAUGGAAUAAGGAAAGAGAUGGUCGGUGAUUCGAGUUUGAGGAAUUCUCUUAUUGUUAUGUACAGUCAGUGUAGUUACUUAUGUGGAGCAAAAGGGGUUUUUGAAGGUGUUGGUGAUCGAAGUACUUCUUGUUGGACUUCUAUGAUCUCUUCGUGUAAUCAGAAUGGGUGCUUUGAAGAGGCGAUUGAUGCUUUUAGGAAAAUGCAGAAAUCAGGAGUUGAAGUCAAUGAGGUGACUAUGAUCAGUGUUCUGUCUUGUUGUGCUAGGUUAGGCUGGUUGAAAGAGGGAAUGUCAGUUCAUAGCUUUAUUUUGAGGAGAGAAAUGAAUGGUGCUGAUCUUGAUAUAGGGCCUGCACUGAUGGAUUUCUAUGCUGCGUUUUGGAAAAUAAGCAGUUGUGAAAAGCUUCUUCAUUUAAUUGGAAACAGCAGUGUUGUAUCAUGGAACACUCUAAUAUCAAUUUAUGCGCAGGAGGGUUUAAACAAGGAAGCCAUGGUGCUCUUUGCACGUAUGUUAGAAAAGGGGCUAAUGCCGGACCCGUUUAGCUUAGCAAGUUCUACUUCAGCCAGUGCAGAUGCUGGUUCAAUACUAUUUGGACAGCAGAUACACGGCCAUGUGAUGAAAAGAGGCUUCCGGGAUGAAUUUGUUCAGAACUCAUUGAUGGAUAUGUAUUCAAAAUGUGGCUUUGUGGAUUUCGCAUACGCAAUUUUUGACAAGAUUAGGGAGAAAAGCAUUGUGACAUGGAACUGUAUGAUUUCUGGGUUUUCUCAAAAUGGCAUUUCAUUAGAAGCACUCAAGCUAUUUGACGAGAUGUACUUCAAUUAUAUUGACAUUAAUGAAGUAACCUUCUUAAGUGCAAUUCAAGCAUGCUCCAAUUCGGGUUAUCUAGAGAAGGGAAAAUGGAUUCACCAUAAGCUCAUUGUAUCUGGUAUGCAGAGGUAUCUAUACAUAGAUACAGCUCUGGUUGACAUGUAUGCCAAGAGUGGGGACCUUCUAACGGCCAAAGGAGUUUUUGAUAACAUGGCAGAGAAAAGUGUGGUGUCAUGGAGUGCCAUGAUUGCUGCUUAUGGCAUACAUGGUCAACUAACUUCUGCCACCACCCUCUUCACAAAAAUGGUAGACUCACAUAUUAAACCAAAUGAAAUAACUUUCUUGAACAUCCUUUCUGCAUGCAGGCAUGCUGGAUCAGUUGAAAAAGGAAAGUUCUAUUUUGACUUAAUGAAGGAUUAUGGCAUAGUGCCUAAUGCAGAACAUUUUGCCUCUAUAGUUGACCUUCUAAGCCGUGCCGGUGAUAUCAAUGGAGCAUAUGAAAUAAUUAAGUCAACAUGUCUACCUAUAGAUGCUAGCAUAUGGGGUGCUUUGCUUAAUGGCUGUAGAAUACAUGGGAGGAUGGAUUUGAUUAACAACAUUCAUAAAGAACUUAGAGAAUUAAGAACAGGUGAUACAGGACACUACACUUUGUUAUCUAACAUAUAUGCUGAGGGAGGAAACUGGUAUGAAUCCAGAAAGGUGAGAUCAAAGAUGGAAGGACUGGGCCUAAAGAAGGUCCCUGGCUUCAGUUCAAUUGAGAUAGAUAAGAAAAUUUACAGAUUCGGAGCCGGAGAUACUUCUUCUGAAUGGCAAAUGAAAGAAAUUUAUAUGUUUUUAGAAAAUUUUCAGAGUUUGGCACAGGAACAAGGAUGUGAUGUAGAAUGUCAUGGCACAAUGUUUGGAACUAGUGUGUUUUUUGAGGAUUAUAGACCGUAUAACUUGCAGAGAGAAACCAGAAGUUGCAUUUUAUAACUUGCAGAGAGAAAUCAGAAAGUUGCAUUUUGAACAAAUCAAUCCAAUCUUAGAAUGAUAUAAUCGUUUCAGGAAAAUGUUUGUAGAGAUUAUUCUGUUGUGUCAUACUGACCUGACCACCAACUUACAUAGAGAAUAUUUGUAGAGAUUAAAUUUCUUUCUUCUUAAUUUGCACCAAAAUUUCUAACGGCUCUAUGACC